AUGUCAUUAUGGUGUAACAAAUGGAAAAAGAAAAAGCAAGUUUUCGCUUCGGGACCUUUUUUUGGUGCAGCACUUUGAAAUUUUCAAAAAAAAUUUUUUUAUUUUUUUCGUAAUUUUUUUGACGGUUCUUUUUUUAUUUCAUGUGCAUAUUGAACACAUAAAAAGUGUUAUUUUUUUAAAAAAAUUUGUGUCGAAAAAAAUUCAGAAGUUUAUGAAGUUUAAAAGGCGCAGGGUAGCUUUUUAAAAAAAUGACUGCGCCUUUAAUAGUGAAAUUAUUGAAAUUUAGAAAGAAGUUUUUUUCAAAAAAAACGUGUUGAAAUUAUCAAUGGAGCGAACUUUUCCACAGGAAUUUUUUUGCAAUGUAUUCAUCGUCAUUGUUGUGGGAAGAACAGAAAAUUCAAAAAGGAAAAAAAGCAAUUUUUUUCGCUUCGGGACCUUUUUUUGAGCGGAAGUUGACAGUAAAUUAAAAAUUUUUUGGUUUUUUGUUUUUCCGGGAUUUUUCAUUUCAUGUGAAAAUUGAACACAAAAAAAUUUAUUUUUUUCGAAAAAAAAUUAUGGCGAAAAAAACAUCCAGAACUUUAUGAAGUUUAAAGGCGCAGGGCGGCUUUUUGAAAAAUCGUCUGCGCCUUUAAAAAGUAGUGGAAAUUCAAAAAAAUAACGUUGUUCAAAAACGUAUAGAAGUUAUCAAUGGAGCGAAUUUUCCAUAAAAAAAGUUAUUUUUAGGUUUUUCAAUGUAUUCAUUUUUCAAUAUAAUUUAAAAAAAUGGGAAAUUUAAGAAAAAAAGCAAUUUUUUUCGCUUCGAGACCUUUUUUGGGAGUAGCACUUGAAAUUUUUUUCAAAAAAAUGAAUUUUUUUGGUUCAUAUGCAAAUUAAACACACAAAAACAGUAAAUUUCAAGAAAAUCGUGACAUUUUUUUAAAGGAGCAUGACCUUUUGUCGAAAAAUAUUUUGAAGCGAAAACGAUUUUUGUCUCAACUAAGUGGGAAUAAAGUACGACCCGCCGUCUCCUAUCUUUUGGAAACCCGAAAAAGAGAAAAAAAAAACAGAAAAAUUGACAAGAAGAGACGUUUCGCUGAAAAAUUGGUUGUUACAUCAGCCCGUCGCCGUCAAUGAUAAUCAGCGACGGCGACGAUAUCAGUCAGUUCGCCAGCCGACGGCCGGUCACUCCAGUCGACCUUCCCUUCUCAUCAUGGGGUUCGUUUUCCGCUUGUUUCUAGGAUUUUAUCAGAAAUUUUUAUGAAAAAGAAGGUUUCUCCGAGUUUUGAGCUUCCUGAGCUAUAUAGGGAAUAUAUUUUUUUCAAUGAAUUUUAUUUUUGAAAAAAAUUUUUUCUUUCUUUUUCGGCUCAGGAAAUGACCAACUGUGUGCUGAUUUUACGAUUUUUGCAAGAUUUGAGCCGAAAAAAAUAUUUAUCCGGGUUUUUUUCACUCGAAAUUAACAAGUUUUUUUGGACUUUUUGGAUUUGGAAAAUAAUUAAUUUUGAGCCCAUUUUUUUCCCUCUCGGCAAAAAAAUAUCAUGGGGUUCGUUUUUCCGCCGUUUUUCUAGGAUUUUAUCAGAAAAUUUUUUUAUGGAAAUAAAGGUUUUUUUCCAAGUUUUGAGCUUCCUGAGCUCUAUAGGGAAUAUUUUUUUCAAUAAAUUUUUUUCUGUAAAAAAAUUUUUGACUUACUAGAUGUAAAAAAAGUGUGCUGAUUACAAUUUUUCUAGAAUUUUGAGCCGAAAAAAAAUAUUUAUCCGGAAUUUUUCACUCGAAAUAACAAGUUUUUUUGGAUUUUUUUCGGGUCUUGGAUGGAAAAAUCCAUGAUGAGCUCAAUAGAACCCGCCGAACUUCACAGCAAAGUUUUUUUCCGAGUUCUAAGCUUCCUUAGCCUGCCCCCCUCCCCCCGCACCUUGCAAGUGCUUCAGGCUAGGCCGCCCCCUUAAACGGGAUAUAUUUCGUAUAAAAGUCUGAUUUUUGACAUGGAAAAAAAUUAGCGCUUUUCGAGCUGAGCUUAGAAAAUGACCUGGGGGGUAUAUGCUCACGGAUCGUCUUUUCCCCCUGGCGUGGAAACCUCCAAAGUUUCUAUGGAUAUAACGGUUUUUUUCAAAUUUUGAGCUUAUUCAGCCUGCCUCCCCCCUUGCAAGUGCUUCAGGCUAGGCCGCCCCCGCCCCCCUCUCAAACGGGAUAUAUUUCGUACAAAGGUCUGAUUUUUUUGACAUGAAAAAAAGCUUAGCGCUUUUUUUCAAAUUGUGAGCUUAUUCAGCCGUCUGAAACCAGAAAUUGAGAAUCAUGAGCCCCCAAUUUCUCGGCAAAAAUCAUGGGGUCCGUUUUUCCCUUCCAUUUCCGUGAUUAUACGAAAAAAAUUACUGGAAAUAACGGUUAUUCAUAUUUCAAGCUUCCUUGGCUUCACAUAAAGCUUUCUAGCCGCAUUCGGAAUGGCUUAACGCGUUGCGGUCGCGUCGCGGCUCAUUAUAGAUAUUCAAACUAACCUAAUUUUCCAGUCAACGUUUUCAAGCUCCGAAGCUAGGCUUCCUAUAAAAGCUGUAAAAUCGAAAAUCACGAAGUACUGGCGAAUUUUUAGCCGAAUUUCCGUUUACGGAAGAAUCAUCAUAGCGUUUUUUCAAAAUUUUAUUGGAAAAUUAUUGAAAAAAAACGGUUAUUUCCGAGUUUUAAGCUUCCUAAUCCUGACGUAAAAGCUUUCUGGUCGGCAUUCGGAAUCGCUUAACGCGUUGCGGUCGCGUCGCGGCUCAUUUUUGAUACUUAAACUUGAGAGUUCAGAGAAAAAAACCAAUGAAAACUUCAAUAUUCUGAGAAAAAAAUUGGAAAAAUUAUUAUUUUUUUGGACACUCAAAUGAUCAACUAGAACUAAAAAUUUUUCCAAAAAAAUUUCAAUUUUUUUCAAGAAAAUGACGCGCCGAGCCAUUCCAAAUGCGGGCCUUAGUUUUAUUGCAACUCAUCAAUAAGGAAAAAUACGCUUGGUUCGAUCAAAUAAUUGAAAUUUGAUCCUCUUAAAUUCAUUUCUAGAAACGUAUUAUUUCCUGCCAGAGUUUUUUCCCACCAGGGAAUGUUCUCAGCUCACAGUGCGACUUCUGAAUGAGGCUCACUAGAUGUAGUUUUUCACGCUGAUUCCAAAUCUGGUCUCAAAAACUGCCGAGGAGGUCUGUGAAAAAAGUUAGAGGCUCUCAAAGUCGGAAAAUGCGAUGUCUCCGAUGAGCUCUUUUUUGAAAGGUAUAUAGUCCUUGUCACGGAAAAUUAAUUGGUUUUUUUUUCAUUUUUCUACGCUGAUUCCGAAUCUGUGAUCAAAAGUUACUCUUGAGGCUUGUGAAAAAAGUUGAGGCUAAAAAAAAAUCAAUUUUUUUUUCGUGAUAAGGACUAAAUACCCUUCAAAAAGGAGCUUUUUCGACUUUGAGAGCCUCUAACUUUUUUCACAAUCCUCGAAUGCAAUUUUUGAGCCCAGAUUCGGAAUCAGCGUGAAAAACUACCUCUAGUGAGGAAUCCCACUGUGAUCUGAGAACAUUCCCUGUUCAGAAUACUCGACAAAUGGCUUUUUUAUCGUUUUCAUAUCAUAAUAAAGCCGAAAAUCAUCAUUUUCAAAGGUAUAAAAAACUUGUUUACGAAGAAGAACGGCCGGGGUGCUGAUAAACCUUUUCUGGGCUGAUAAUUAGACCUAUUGGAUGAUAUUUUUGAUGAUAAGAUGGAAUUUUUUCAGUGAAUGGCCACCAGGACGCAACGCCGCCAGGGAGACGUUUGGUGACGAGUGAGUUUUGGGGGAAAAGUUGAGGUUUUUGAAGAUAAAACUCGAAUUUUUCCUAGUCUUACUAUUAGUCGGGAAGUUUUUGAAAAACAGCCAGAAAAUUCCUUUCUAGGAACGCCAGAGUGACCCCUAUAGGGUCCUUGAAAAAUCCCCUCUAGUAAUCACUUCAUCAAAUUUUAAAUAUUAACAGAAACAAAGUUAAAAUACCCCUAUAGGGGUCGCUCAAGCUUUGAGGACCUAUACCUUCAAAGGUAACCAUAGGGGCCCUUGAAGGUUACCCUCUAAAGAUCAAUUUUCGUUCCCUCUAGGGGCUACUAAAGCUUGCAAAAGUGGUCACUCUAGGGGAGCAUUCUAGUCGUUUAUUGUCAUAAACUCUAUGAGAAAAAAGCAUUUCUAUGCAUAAAGCUCAAAAAAUUGGAAGAUCCCUAUAGGGGCCACUUAAGCUUCAAGGGGGCAGAGGCCAGAACCCAAACCUUUGGAAGGAAAACCGGAAUUUUACCCCUAUAGGGGCUGUUUUUUGCCUGACCCCUAUAGAGACCACUCUGCCGAAAGAAUAUUCUGAAAGGAUCGGCCUAAAGAAUUUCCUAGUUUUCGAGAAAUAAGGUCUCAAAGCCCAAAAAUGGCCCAUUUUUGAUGAUUUUGAGGGUUUUUUCUGACUUUGAGGUGUCCUUUUUAGGAAACUAGAAUAUUAUGCAAGCUGAGACUUCCAGGAACCUUUUUUGGUACAUCAAGAAGUAUUUUGGCGAUUCCGGAGGAUACAAUCAAACGUAUAUGUUACCAAAUGCAUCAAGAACUUGAUUUGAAUCCGUAAAGUGAAGUAGAAAAGAGAGAUUGUCCGUGGAGCGGAUAAGAUCUGCCUUUUCGAGGUCAUUUUUUCGAAAUGAUUAAGAGAAAAAUUCAGUUUUAUCGUAUCACUUUUGCAGAGUAGGAAUUUAAAAAUUUUCAUCAAUUCUCAACUUUUUCACAGCUUUUUCAAAAACGGGUUUUCUGUAUUUGUAGAGAUCCUACCGUAACCGUACUACAGUAAGAGGGAAUGGCUCAAAAAGUUUCUGAUAAAGAGUUAUCACACUGGAUAAAUUUUCAUCAAAAUCAAAAAAAUAAUUUUUUUGUGCCCAGGGUGACCAAAAAACCAACUCCCCUAACACAAAAAGUACCGUAUCUCGAAAAAUUUCUACAGUAAUCUAAUAUGGUAUGUACUGAAAAAGUUUCUGAAAUUGCAUUACCUAUCGAUUGAUAUACAACUUGCCCAUGAAAAAAAUCACCAAUACUUAGAUACGCAGGUGACCACCCACCUACCGUAACCCGGCUACAGUAAGAGGGAAUGGCUUAAAAAGUUGUGUCCGAUUCCUAAAAUCCUCAGAAAUUCUUCCCGAAAAGGAGAAAAUUGAAGGUUCUCGAAGCUCCAUGUGGACACGCAACUCUCGACGUCCCACGCGAUCCCCCUGAAAAACGUAGACCCCGUCGUGACGCCCAUCUACCACACCAGCACGUACCGGUUCAAGACCGUCAACCUCUACAAUCAGGCGAAUCAUGUUAGUCCAAAAAGGGGGCAUCAUUGGGGCGAUUCCCCCUCGUUCUUGAGAAACGACAGUACUUGAGUAGUAACGCGUUCGAGAAAGUCUAGUAGUAGUGAUAGAGGGGGGGGGGAGGUAUAUAAAAAAGGGAGGUCAUUUUACUUUGUAAUAGAGAAAUCUCUCAAACUCGGCCAGAACACUCCUUGAAGUACCAGAAGAAGAUCCUGAAAGUCUCAACCUACAAAAGUUCCUAGUUUUUGAGAAACAAGGGCUCGAAGCCUCCCCCCCCAAAAUGGCCUUUUUGACUGAUUUUGAAGGUUUUUUUUCUCGGUUUUCCGGUGGCUUGUUUCUCUCCCCCCCCUCUUCGCGAAAUGACAGUACUCGAGCAGUGAUGGGUUAGGAAAGUGUCGUAGUAGAGGGGGAUUUUUUUCAAAAGGGGCGGAGCCAGUCUUGUAAACAAUUUUUUUGAUGUGAUCCCCAUAUGAGCUCAAAAAAAUUCAACUUGAAAUUUUGGUGUUUUUUUGAAAAUCCCCCCCUCGUUCCUGCGAAACGACAGUACUUGAGUAGUAACGCGUUCGAAAAAGUCUAAUAGUAGUAAUAGAGGGGGGAUAUUUAUCAAAAAAAGGGCGGAGCCCGUCUUGUGAUCCCAAUAUGAGCUCAAAAAAAUUCAACCUGAAAUUUUUGUUGUUGUUGAAAAUUCCCCCUUCGCGAAAUGACAAUACUCGAGCAGUGAUGCGUUAGGAAAGUGUCGUAGUAGGGGGAUUUAACAAAAAGGGGCGGAGAAAGUGUUGUGAACAUUUCUUGGAUCUUGUUGUCAUCUCAAUAUGAGCUCAAAAAAAUUCAACCUAAAAUUUUGGUUUUUUUAAUUCAAGCAAACUCUUUUUUUCAAUAAUUACUAUUAGGGGGGGGCGAAUGUGGUCUCACCUCCGGGGCCUCUAACUUAACCCCUAUUGGGGCCCCGAAAAUCUGGUAUAGGGCCCCCUCUAGGGGUUGAAUUAAAAUGGGCCUCAUGAGACUGACAAUUUUUUCACUCAAAUUGAAAGCGUGGACGUUGGGACUUCGAUCGACCCUUGUGGCUUUCUCCGGAUUAAUCAUCAGGAUUUGUGCUUCCUGUAUCUUGAGCUGCUUCAUAUCCGCAAGCUCGUGCAACUUAUAUUCAUCUUCUCAGCGAGUUUCCUGACAGACCUCGGAUUUUGACUGAAGAAGUCGCGGACCUUUUUUUAUUUUCUGCAGAUGUAGCCGUGGCCGGUCGUCCAUUCCUUGAGUGGUCUUCUGUUGUGCCAAGCUAGGGACCGCAAAGCCACGCCCCUUUUCGCGAUAGAAAAAGUGGCUUUUUUUUGGUUUUCAACUUUCAUUUUGUUGUAGUUGCAAAAUAUAUGGAACUGGAUAAUAAAAUUUGACACACAUGUACAGAAAAGCUUCCUCUUUCAUUUGAAAAAUAUUUCACGCUUUUUUGAUGCGUUCUCGCGGAAUUUCGUACAAAAACGUGAAUGGAACUAAAAAAUGUUGUCAUUUUUUUGCUUUUUUUCAUGUGUUUUUCAGGUCGAACGCACUCUUUCUUUUUUUAUUAAAAUGAUUUUGAUUCAAGUAACGGAAAUUUUUAAAACAAUAAAAUAAAAAAUUCGUCUUUGCCAAAAAUUUUAGGGAGUGCCGAAAGUCAUAAUUCAAAAUAUCGUUAAUAAGCGAAUAUAAUCGAGUUUUUGUUUUUUCAAAAUUUAGACCAUGGGCUUACUUAAAUAUUUCUCCACAGAAUAUGUGCUUGAAAAAAAGUUGUUUAAUACACAAAAAAAUGCUCUUGAAACUAGAGAAUAAAAUUAGCGGCGUUUAUCACAAAAAAAGCGGUCGAACGCAGGUUUUUUUCAAACGAUUAUAUACAUUUAUUAGUAAAAAAAUCUUUCAAUUAAAAAGAAUAAAAUAAAAAAAUUCGUCUUUGCCAAAAAAAUUUACGGGGCCGUUUUUAAUGCAGCGAUCGUUAAACGAGGCAAAAAAAGCACUAAAAAAACAGCUUUUUUUCGAAGUGAAUUUCCACGGAAAGUUUAGGUAAAGAUUUGCGAACAUAUUCUGAUAAAAAAAUAGCUAAAUUACUUCAAACUUUUUCUUUUUUUAAAAUAGGCAAUCUGUGCUAUCCAAACGGCUCAAGGGUAAGGGGGUGGAAGCUCCCCUCGCCAGACCUAACAGCUUGGCGCAGCGCGUGCGCUGCGAAUUUUCAUUUUGAGGUCGCGAGUUCGAUACCCGCAAGCGUCAGUCUUUUGUUUUCUGGAAAAUACCGACUUUUUCGGCAAACUAGCAAAUUUUCAUUAUUUUAACACUCUAUUAUGAUUUGUUACAUCAUAAUAAACCAGUAUCAAAACUUGUUCUAGAAGAAAAAUCGAGAAAAAUGUCAAAAAUGGAUAAUACCAAAAUUUCAGUACUAAAAAAAUGGUGCGCGGCGCGCCACAUUUUUCGUCAUAACUUUUUUCAACCUCAAUCUUUUUCGAAAAACUGAACGGUUCUGAGUUUUAAAUCGAAACAGCUAUCAAACCAUACAAAACUCGAUGCUGAAAAAAAUUUUUUGAAAAUUCGUCUGCGGUCCCUAUGCCAAGCACAUUGAAACGUUUAAUGAUCUUGGACACCAACGACGAGUGGACGUCGAGUUGUUGAGAGAUGAAAGAGUUGCUGUGACCGUCUUGAUGAAAUUUCAGAGUUUCAGGGCGCAUGAAAUUUUGACUCGUCUUUCUGUAUAAUCGUAAUAAAUUUUUCAAUAAUUUUAUAUCAAAACAUGCAUAAAGGUUCAACAAACCCUAUCAUCAAAAAAAGAACAAAUAAAAAUAGGGAUGAGAGGCAUCCGGGCGGGUCAAAGUUUGCGUCCGUAAUUUCUGCGCACCCAGUAGGUCCCUUACUCUUUCAAACAACUUCCCUUGAACAAUUUUUUUAAUUUACCAGUAUUAGAGCCUCGAAUUGUUAAAGGGGUUCAAACAAAGCUCAGGGGCCUCUAAAAAUUUUCUCUCUAUUUUACCCCCCACUUUUUUUCUUUUUAUUUUUUUCGUUGAAAUUUCAAGCCACCCUGCUGAAAAUUUUUGCGUUGUUCCGCAAAAAGGCUCGAAGAAAAAGUUUUUUUCAAUCUAAAAUCGUUAGACUUAUUGACUUUGAAUUUAAUUAGAACAGUUUUUCUGUCUCAAAGAGAAAUUUAAACAACUGGAGAAGAAAUUUUGAUGAUGUGAUUCUUGCUCGAUCAGCGCUAAUUUUAGUUCAACUUGAUGCAAAAAUCAAAGAAAAAUAGCCUUUUUUUCUAUGCAUUUCAAUGCAUUUUGACAGUUUCUUAACUUCAAAAAAAGUUAUUUUUAAAAUAUUUUUUUCCAGGGCCAAAACUUCGUCUACCGCCGUUGUGGAAAUCCGACGACGGAAAAACGUUGAAGUGAUCAUCAAUGAACUGGAAGGAGGUUAUUAUAUAUAUAAAUUGGGCUGUGCGCCUUCAAAAAAAUUCUUCGAGCAGGUUUUUUUAAAUAUGAGUAAUUUUUAGGAGCCGCUUCUCUGCUCUACAACUCUGGUCUGGCCGCCCUCAGUGCGGUUUUUCUCGAGUUCCUCGGGUCCAGGACUCAUAUGGUAAGGGGUGAUCAUCAUAAUGAUUAUUUUGAUUUGAAAUUUGGCUUUUUUUCAUUUUUAGAAUGGGUGUAGGUCUGUUAGAAAGUCGUAGUUGCACUGGGAAAAAAAUAUCAAUCAAAACUAACUUUUCAGUUUCAAGUUGCUUUUAAAUUCAAAAAAAAAAGAAGGCUUUUGAUGUUGAAGAUAAAGCUUUAUUGAAACAAGAAUAUUGGUUUUUUUGAUAGUUCAUUUGGAAAGUUAUGGCCGCACUUGGAAUGGCUCGAAGCGUCGCGGUGUUUUUUGAAGCCAAUUUGGAGCCUAGGAGCUUGAUUCAAUGCUUUCUUGUGCCCUUAGGCGCAAGUCGUUUGAACUCGGCAGGAAUUAUGCUCCGGGCAGACCCUAUCUGGGAUGCGGCCUUCAAACUUUCGGUGCUUUUUCUCGCACAUUCAGGGGCACAACCGAGCGCGGAGUCAGUUUUUUGCGCAAUGACCUCGAGAGUGGAGUUUUCAAAAUUCCGAGUCAAUUCAGUGCAAUUUCAGGGGAGAAAGCGAGCGAAAAAAGCGAAUCUCAAAUCUGUAAUUUUCUCAAAUUCAAUUCUAAAGUUUUAUUUAGUAGAUCUUUUGAAAUUGAAUAGAAACUCCUUCUAUCGUAAUAGCUUACUUUCCGCACCUUAUUUGCGCCCAAUGGGAAUAGGUUAAGCCCCGUUGAUAAUAAUUAUUUUUGUUCCCAUGCAAGUUGAAUUUCGUGGUCAGCACUGUGCAGCCUCUCCUUUCGCACGAAAAAGACUCGAAAAUGUUACGGUUUGUCACUACCACUUGCAAAGUGCAAAAGAUGGGAAAAAGAGAGCAAAUCUGGGGGUUGCACUGGGCCGAGGUAUCUGCCGAGAAGUCGGGCGCGUUUUGAAGCGGUAGCUUUGCGUUGAGCCAUUCCAAUUGCGACAAAUAACAGUUUUUCCUACUAUUUCAUGAGUUAUAGCAGAUAUUGUGAACCUUUUUGAGACUUAGAUACUUACUUACUUACUUACUUAGAUACUUAGAUGGUCCAUCUUCGCUUUCGAUCUUUUAUUGCCUUUUAUUGAUCGAAGCGUGGACCACACGUUUUCCAGGAGGUCUUAUGCAAUCGGUCAUCCAGUGUUGUCCUGGUUGACUGGUAUUCUUGCGAAAAAGUUCCAUCCGUGGUGUUGAACGUGUUAUAGCAUAAUUUUGGUCUGAUUAUCCUUUUUGCCUUGCCAGGGCUAAAAAAGACCGCCCAUUCUGUUAGCAGAAGCAAGCCGAACUGCGUGACCGGUGUACCGUUAGCCGCCAUAAAUGGCGUUGCCUCCCCAUCACCGCGUAGAGGUGGUACUUGAAGGGGUUGAGACUUAGAAGCUUGAUUAAAUGCUUUUCUAUGAACUCAAGCGCAAGUCGCUUGAAGUCGGGCGCGUUUUGAAGCGAUUGCUUUGCGUUGAGCCAUUCCAACUGCGACCAAGAACAAUUUUUCUACUGUUUGCAUGAGUUAUAGCAGAUAUUGUGAACCUUUUUGAGACUUAAAAGUUUGAUUUAGCCCCCCCCCUUCCCCAAGCGCCAAGUCGUUUGAAGUCGGGCGCGUUUUAAAGCGAUAAGUUUGCGUUGAUCGCAUUUGGAAUGGCUCAAAGCAGAUAAUCUGAAGUUGAUGCUUUUCUGUACCCCUAGGCGCAACUCUUUUGAAGUCGGGUGCGAAAAAAAGUCAUUUUUCCUUCAGAUCGCACUGUGCCCGUUGUACAGCGGAACUUAUUCUUUCCUCACUGAGACUAUGGAACGAUUCGGGGUUGAGGUGAGGAUUUUCCCAAGAAAAUCAAGAUCAAAAUGAAUUUUUCAGAUCACUUUCAUCAACAUCGAAGAGGAGCCCGACGUGAUCGACGCCCUUGAAAACAGCAUCCGCGACGCGACUAGAGUGAUUUUUUGAAUUAUUUGAAUAUUUUGACGCCUAGGAACAACUUGGCAAUGAUAGAAUUACAUGGGGAGGAUUGUGGUUUUUUUAAUAUUUUUCCAAAAAAAUUUUAAUAAAAUUAGAGAUUUUUCAAAGUCUUGAAGAAGCUUCUCAGUCAUAUAAUUACAGAUAUUUCUUGAUGAAAAAAAUUUAGGAUUUUUUUAAGUUCCGAGAAGAUCCACAAUGAUAGAAUUACAUGGGGAAAAUUGCAAAUUUUUAAUAUUUUUCUUGGAAAAAUUUUUGGAUUGAGUUUGAAAAAAAUUUAGGAUUUCUUUUUAAGUUCCGAGAAGAUUCAAAAUGAUGGGAUUACAUGGGGAAAAUUACAAUUUUUUUGACAUUUUUUUCUAAAAAAAGAGUUUUCAAAGUUUUGCAGAAGCUUCUUAGUGAUAAGAUUACAGGGAGCUUGAAUAUUUCCCUUGAAAUUUUUUGGAAAUAGGUUUUGGGAAAAAUUUAGGAAUUUUCAAAACUUUGGAGAAUCUCCACAAUGAUAGAAUUACAUGGGGAAAAUCGAAGUUUUCAUAUUUUCCUGAAAAAAAUUUUGUUGAAAUAAUAUCUAGAAAAAAAUUAGGGUUUUUUUGGAACCUAGAAGAAGUUUUUCUAAUGUGAAGAUUACAUGCCGAGAACUUGAAAAGUUCAAUUUUUUUCAGUUCAAAAUUGUUACUUUUUUUGAAUUUCUCUCUUUGAAUUACUCGAGAAAUUCUUGAUUUCCGUGCCCCAAUAGAUUUGGUGCCUUAUUUUUUUAUUGGAUUUCGGGGAAAACCUUGAGAAUUCCGCUACAAAAUGGGCUGUAAAACGGCGCCGCGAGGAUCGUAUAAUAUAUAAUUUUGACCCCAUGAAAACAGUUGUAAACUGCGGCCGCUCUUUGGCGCAUGGCUUGAAAUUGCGUUUUUCACAUUUUCUGUGAUUUUUUUGAGUCGAUUCAUAGCCUUCUGAAUCAUUUAAAGGCGCAUGGAGAUUUUUGAAUAAUUUUUUUAAAAUUUGGCUCUGCGCCUUUAAAUAAUUAAGAAGACUCUGAACAGACCUAUGUCGCGAAAAAUUAAUGAUUAAAAAAAUUAAUUUGAAGAAUAAAGCUCAAAAAAAACAAUUUUAGAGGUUAUUUAAAGGCGCAGGAGGAGAUUAUAUUGAAUUUCGUGCCAGGACCCUUUUUGAAAGGCUUCUCUGCGCCUUUAAAUAAUUCAGAAGACUAUGAACAGACCUAUGGUGCGAGAAUUAAUGAUUGAAAAAUCGGGUUGAAGGAUAAAGCUGAAAAAAAAAUUAUUUAAGGGCGCAGGAGGAGAUUAUAGUAAAUUUCGUGACAGGACCCUUUUUGAAAGGCUUCUAUGCGCCUUUAAGCCUUUAAUGAGUUGUAGACGAAAACAAAAGUUGAAUAUGGAUUUUUUUUUUCUAGGAUUGAAGAGCGCAAAGAAAUUCUAAUAAAUUUCGUGCCAGGACCUUUUUUUCGAGUGGCUUCUCUGCGCCUUUAAGUUUAGAGUUUCAGGCUUUGAAUUGACAGCAAAACGAUAAAAAAUUUGUUAAGGAUGACUUUCUGGAAUAUAAAAGAGCGUAGAAAACGAUUGAACCAAAUCUCGUGCCAGGACCCAUUUUGACCCCCCUGCCCCUUUAGGACCCCCCUGCGCCUUUAAUGAGAGCGGUCUUUGGAUUGACAGCAAGACAGAAAAAAGUUGUUAAAGAUGACUUUCUACACGAUUAGAAGGCACAAAAAACGAUUGAACCGAAUUUCGUGCCAGGACCCAUUUUGACGCUCCUCUCUGCGCCUUUAAUGAUAGCAGGCUUUGAAUUGACAGCAAAACAGAAAAAAAAUUGUUGAAGACAACUUUCUGGAAUAUUAUAGAGCGCAGAAAACGAUUAAACUAAAUUUCGUGCCAGUACCCGUUUUAAAAGUCCUCUCUGCGCCUUUAAAUACAGUACCACAGCCUGGAUCCAAUUCAAGGAUUUUCAGAUCAUUUUCUUCGAAACGAUUGGAAAUCCGUCGAUGGCCGUGCCUGACAUUGCUGGAACCCUCAAAUUUGCGAAAAAAUACAAGGUUAAAACUCAAAAAUUUCAACUAACACUGUCAAAAAAAAUGGAGCAUAAACCGAUUUGAUAGGCACAAUUGUGACUUUAAAUUUCAAGCUUCAGACUAGAUUUUUUUGCGACUCUCUCAUUACGUGCUCCUUUUAUAACUGUAUGAUCUUCCCGGUGAGAGAGAAGAGGGCGCAGACAGGUCAGACUGUUUGAAAACGCUGGCGAAUGAGUUAGAGAUCAUCAGAAUUUUUUCAAGUUUUUGUUUCGUCUUGAGUUUCUUUCUUUUCUCUGUAGCUCUCCCAUGUUUAUGUGCUCUUUUCAUAACUGUAUGACCUUCUCGGUAAGAGAAAAGAGGGCGCAGACAGGUCAGACAGUUCAAAAGCUUGGCGAAUAUGGUAAUAAAAAAAGAUAGAAAAUUAUAUAAUUAUUUCUUUCGACUUCACCUUCUUCCUUUUCUCUGUGACUCUCCCCUAAUUACGUGCUCUUUUUUCAUAACUUAUUGGCCUAGCCUGUGAGAGAGAAGAGGGCGCAGACAGGUCAGACUGUUUGAAAACGCUGGCGAAUGAGUUAGAGAUCAUCAGAAUUUUUUCAAGUUUUUGUUUCGCCUCGGAUUUCUUUCUUUUCUCUGUAGCUCUCUCAUGUUUAUGUGCUCUUUUUAUAACUGUAUGAUCUUCCCGGUGAGAGAGAAGAGGGCGCAGACAGGUCAGACUGUUUGAAAACGCUGGCGAAUGAGUUAGAGAUCAUCAGAAUUUUUUCAAGUUUUUGUUUCGCCUCGGAUUUCUUUCUUUUCUCUGUAGCUCUCUCAUGUUUAUGUGCUCUUUUUAUAACUGUAUGAUCUUCCCGGUGAGAGAGAAGAGGGCGCAGACAGGUCAGACAGUUUGAAAAUGUCGUUUUUUGAGUAUUUUUUGAACUGAAUUUUGCAGAUUCUUUCCCUGGUCGACGCCACUUUCUCGUCGCCCUACAAUAUUCAGCCAAUCAAGCUCGGAGCUGAUAUCGUCAUGCAUAGCUGGUGAUUUUUGGUUUUGGAAAAAAUAGUCGUAUUUUCCCAAGCAGUCAAAAAGCCCUUGGAAAGUCCCGAGUCAGAUAUUUUCAAGAAAUUUCGCGUCUUUUCUGCUGGAAAUACGUAUCUACUUUUGAUAUUCGCUCUGGAACCUUCUUUGUAUUUUUUUUAGUGUCUCGAAGCGAAAAAGGUUACGGUAGCUUUUAGAACAAUAUAGUUCAAUUUUUAGGCCUUUUUGUGGAAUUUAUAGAUCUUUUCGUAAUUUUCUUGGACAGAGGUUGUUAAAAAUUGAUAAGUGAAAAAUAGAAAAAUAACUGAAAUUUUAAAAUCGGGAAUAGGGUUUGAAAAACUAAAAGAAAAUCAGGAAAAGACCCUGAAAAAUCGGGACUCAAAAAGGUAUCUCUUCAGCUCAAAAUACAUCGGUGGUCAUACCGAUACCAUUGGUGGGGUCCUGACGACGGCUACCAAAACCAACUGGGAACGGCUCAAGAAACAGCAACUCACCACUGGAAGCGCCUUGGUUUCAGAUCAUUUUUCUUUGAAAAGGGACAAAAAAUGGUUCAGUCGCCGUUCGACGCGGCUUUAUUGGCCAGAGGACUGAAGACGUUGGCGCUGAGGGUGGAGAAGAUCUCGAACAACGCCUUGGCCGUCGCCAAGUUCUUGGAGGGACACAAGAAGGUACUUCUUCUUGGGCUUUUGUGCUCCUUGGCGCGACGCCCUAUGUCGAUUUCAAAUUAUCCUAUCCUGAUAUCAGUGAUAAUGACGGACUGACCCUUAGUUGAAGCUCAAGUAGUAACUUUAGUGAUAUUUCAAAUUUUUGUACUGCUUUGAAAGUUAUAAAGAUGUGUUGAAAAGACACAUGGUUCACUAGUAUCCUUCCCUAAAGUGGCCACUAGCCCGAUUAUCCGUAAAAUGGUCAUUUUUAACUGGCUGACCCCUUAGUUAAAGCUCAAGUGGUACCUAAAGUGGUCUUUUAGGUUUUUUUCUGAUUUUAAAGUUAUAAAGAUGCAUUAUCAAGUCGUAUAGGGACGAUAGGUAUCCUCCCCUAGAGUGGCCCCUAACCGGAUUAUCCGCCACACGGUCAUUUUAAACUGGCUACCCCUCCAUUAAAGCUUAAGUGGCACCUAGAGUGGUCUUUUAAUUUUUUGUUAUGAAUAUGAAAUUACGAAUUUCAGGUCGUCAGAGUCAUCUACCCCGGCCUCGAGUCUCAUCCAGGACACAGAUUUGCAAAAGCGACAAUGAAAAAGUUCUCCGGCAUGAUUGCUUUCGACGUCGGAGACGCUGAUGAUGCGAUAAAGCUCAUUGAGGUUGUUUUUCGAAAAAUUACACUAUAAAAACGAGUACAAAAAUUACGCCAGCUUUUGGACGCUGGCGUCUUUUUGGUGCGCAGGCAUUUUUGGUGCAUUUUCCUAUAUUUUUUCGAAUUUUUUAUUCAUUUUGUUUAUAUACGAUCUUACAUUUCUAUCUCAUUCGAUCGAUUCACCCGCAAAAAUUUAUUAAUUUUUUGUCGACAUACAGGAAGAAAUCAACUUUCCAUAAUUUUGCCGAAAAGUGCUGCUUUCAUAUUUGUUUUGGAGCCUCGCGUAUAUUGACAAGAGAUUUUUCAUUGGGGCGCUCUUUUUCAAACCUCUUUGAUUCUUUUUUUUUUCUACUAUCUUCACGGCCGAGUCGGACAUUGGUAUAGUCUGUUCAGAUUUUUAAUGUCAAGUGCAAUGACGUCAUUCAAAAACACUCUGUGGAUGGCUCGUUCUCUGAUUGGUUUAUCGCACCUUUAUGGGCGGAGCUUGAGCAUCGACUUGACAUUCAAAAUCUGAACAGACUAUAACGCAAAACGAACGUGCUCCGGACGUUUCUGAGCAGUUCUAGGGAUCAUUUAAGAGUGCUAAAGCUACUAAAGCGGUCACUAGGAAUGCCCCGACACGUCCGUUUCGCGUUAUCAAUGUCCGAGAAGAUAGUAUUGGCGUGUUCAUCGGAAAAAAGGAACAUGCUUCAAAACGAAAAAUCGUGUUCAUCAGCGCUCCAAAUUUGCUUCAAAACAGUACUAAUUUUUGUUUUGGAGCAAGUUUUUUGCGUUUCGAAGCAAUUUACGUUUUGUACGAUGAACACGCCAUAGAAAAAAGAAUCGAAAAGGUUUGUUUUUCUUAAUUUUGAGAGUUUUCCAUUUUGUUACCGAGGUCCGAGACAGGGUGUGCGAUGUGCCCUGUCAGUUUCUGAGCCCGGGCGAGGCUGAGCCAAGCCCUAAGCAAAAAAACAGGCCCAAAAAGCUCAAGUUUUCAAGUCGAACAUCAGGUUUUUUUAAUAAAAAUAAUAAAUAAAAAAUCGUGUUUUUGAUUAUUUUAUAUACCUCAAGUUCAAAAAGAAACUACGAAUUUUAAAAUAAGCGUUUUUUUCGGUGAGAAAACUGAGUUUGGAUUCAAAUCUUUUUUUCUGCCUGGCCUGGCCCAGACCCGCGCAGGUUUCUUCGCAAAAAUCAGUCUCGCCAAACGCACAAGUCCCGACCUCGGUACCGAAAACCGUACACGCCCCGGCCGCUUCUGAGCAUUUCUAAUAAUUCCUUCAGCGGCUUCAGCAUUUUUUGUUCAAUAGAAUUUGUGAACCACUGUUGUUUCUUGUCUCCUUUGCAACUUAACACAGAACAAAAAGCCCUCAACUGCUUUUAAGAGCAUUGGGCUGGUACCUGGUAUUGUCUAGUCGGCCUCGCAGGUGAUCGAGCUCUGUCCGCCUGUAGUUCGAAAAAGUCGUCGCUGAUUGGGGAAGGCGGACUUCUUGCCUCGUGAUUAACUGAAGUUUCCAAGAUAAAAUACUUUCAAAUUCGGAAAGAGAGGAUAUAAAUCCGGUAUGAAAAAAAGACCAGCGAAAAUUUAAACGGCGACUUUUCGGAUUUUUUCAUAUCGCCAGGGAACUUUCCGACGGCCACCUUUCCGACGAAACUUUUUCCGACUUUUUUCUCAAUGAACUUUUCGUUUUUAAUCUUCCUAUAUAUAGAAAUAGGAAAAAAAAUGUUGAUAGAUUUUUUUCAUAAAUCGAAAAUAUAAGAGAAAAAAGUCGGAAAAAGAUUCGGCGGAAAGGUGGCCGUCGUAAAGUUACCUAGCGAUACGAAAAAAUCGGAAAAGUCGCCGUUCGAAUUUUCGCUGGUCUUUUUUUCAUACCACCAUAAAUCCAAAAAUUGAAAAAUUUGUACAAACACAUAAAACCGCCGAAUCUGGUGAGAGAGCUUCUAACAACCGCAUUUUUUUAAUGUUUAUAUAUCUCGGGUAACGUUGGAACGGUGGAUAAUGGCCGCUAAAAAGGGGAGCCUCAAAAAAGUAGCAAAAAAAAUGCCUUUAUCGAGCCCUUCGUUUUUUCUGAGAUUUUUAAGGCUCAAGAAACGGUGGAAAAGAGAGUGGUAGCGAAAAUGGUGCAUAAGAGCUGAUGAAAUGGCCUAAAAAGGCAGCAAAAAGGAGCCUUUUUCACCCUAACAGGGGAGGUCACUUAACUUUGCGAUUGGGAAUUCCCUGAAAAUCGACCAGAACACUUCUUGAUGUACCAGAUAAAGAUCCGGGAAGUGUCAACCUGCACAACUUCCUAGUUUUCGAGAAAUAAGGUCUCAAAGCCUCAAAAUAGCCCAUUUGAUUGUGAGGGUCUCAUUUGCCUUUGAGGCGUCGUUUCUCAAAAACGAGGAAGUUGUGCAGGUUGAGACUUUCAGAAUCUUCUUCAGGUAGAUCAAGAAGCGUUCUGCUCAAUUUUCAGGAAAUUCCCAACCGCAAAGUAAAAUGACCUCGCUUGUGAAAGGAAAAUGUCUAUGGAGCCUUUUUCCGACUUUGCCCAUGAUAUCGAAUCAAGAUUUUUUUGGUUUUGAUUCAGUGUUAAUAAGGUCAAACUUUUUUUUUCCUCAUCAUGAAAUUUUUCGAAACGAAAACCUUUAAAACCUCACCAAUUGUUCCAGUAGCAGUCGGCAGAUUUGUUUUCCAAUUUUCAAUCAUGAGACGUUUUUUUCUGAAGGUAAGUAAUUAAAAAAGAAAUUCUUAGAUAUCAAACUGCUUUAUUUGGAGUUGUCGUCGGUUCUUCAUGGACUGAUCAGGACAAGUUCGUUGAAGGCUUUCUGCAAUUUCAAGAUUGAAAAAAAUCGAGUCGAUUGCACUAUUAUUAUUACAAUGUUUUUACUGACUAGCUAUGUAAAGUCGUUAGGAAAUCAGGGAAGCACUAAUCUGUAAGAAGAACUACCUAGGCGGUGCGCUAGAGCUCCGCUCAGCCUUGUCAAAACUAAGUAUCCUAGACGCCGAAGGCCACGGCAUUUUCCGCGGGGGUCCCAUCAUCGCUUUGUCAGCAUCGCGCUGCCAACAGUUUGGUGCUUCCGCCACCGGAAUGGGCUUCGGCGUGACUUUGCGUAUCCAAUUCGCAAGCGAAAAGGAUCGGCACUCCGGGAGUCCCGCGGGCCUAAUCUACUAGCGCUUACAAGUCAGAAUCUCAUUUUUUGAAUUUUCAUGAAAGUUCGAAAAAAUAAUUAUCUUGACGUUAAAAUGCAGAAGCGAGACGAGUCGUGAAGAAAGCUAGAAGGAUAUUUGAAAAGAAGAAAUGACACGCGGUCACGUGCAUCGAUAUAGAAAAAAAUGCCUUGCCACGUGGUUUCACGUUUUUUUCUCACGUUUGUUUUUUUUUUUUGCAGAGAAUGAAUUUUUUAUUUUCAAUAUAAUUUUGGGUCAAAAGGUAGAGAGAGUGAAGAAUCUAAAAAAAUUAAAGUUUUUAAAUUUUGGACUCUCUAGUUUUUUUUUCCGCGGUUUUUCUAUCUGUUUGGUCCUUUUUGUAGAAAAAUAAUUCGCGUAGAUUUGAGUCAAAUUGAUUUUGCUGAAGUUUUUUUAAAUUUGAUUUAGAAAUAAUCUGAAUUACAUUAUUUUUUUCUAGUUCCUAGAACUUAUUAAACAAUUCGCCAUACAAGGUUUUUAUAAUUUCUACUUUCUAUCUAAUAAUUGAUCCAUAUUUAAGAAAGUAAAAAUAAUUUCCACGAAAUUCAAUUUCAUUUUUCUUUGACUCAAAAAAAUUGAUUAUCGAAUAAUCGAUUUUAUUGACAAUUUUACAUUUAUUGGAGAGACUUUGAGCUGAAAAAAAUGACCAAUUUUUCUAAUAUUUCAGAUUUUUUUCACAGUUUGCUCAAAGAUUUCCACUCUUUUUGAUGAUUUUUGAUUCGGUUAGCUUUUUUUAUUCCAAAUCUUCUAAUAAUUUGCAAGGGGUCGAAUAUUUGAAUAUUUAUUUCACUCUAAUGCAUAGAAUAACGGCUUAUUUUUUUAAAAUGAUCAUUUCAGAACCUCCGACUGAUCGUCCAUGCCGUUUCUCUUGGAGGAACAGAAUCGCUCAUCGAGCAUCCUUUGUCGAUUUCCCAUGGACCCCAGCUGAUGAGAGGAGAAAUCAGAGUACCUCACGUGGCUCCGGGACUUCUGCGCUUCAGGUUUGAAUUUAUUCUUAUGAAAUUUGAAGAAAUUAAUCUAAAAAAAUCAAGAAUUUUUUUAUCAAUUUUUUUGAUGGUUUCCAGAUUUUUUUCACAUGGUUUUUUUAAAUGAAUUGGAAUCCUAACUUGUUUAAAAUAAACUAAAACAUGUCUUUUCUGAAAUUGUCCAUGAAAACCAUUUGGAAAUAUUUAGAUUUGAUCGAAAACGGUUUUUUUUUACCAAGUACCGAUUAAUUUUCGAUUUUUGAUGAUUUUUCCUUUUUUCCAGUGUUUAAUUUGACCUUUUCACAUGGUUUUUUGAUAAAUUUUCACUUCACUGUUUAAAAAUGAACUGAAGCAUGUCCAUUUUGAGAUUGCACGUAAAACCAUUUAGAAAUCUUUGAAGUCGGUCGAAAAUGGCUCAAGGGCCGAUUAAUUUUCAGUUAUCGAUGAUUUUUCCUUUUUUCCAGUGUUUAAUUUGACCUUUUCACAUGAUUUUUCGAUCAAUUGAAAUCCUAACAUAUUUAAAAUGAACUGAAACAUGUCCUUUUUGAGAUUACCCGUGAAAAUCAUUUGGAAAUCUUUGAACUCGGUCGAAAACGGCUUUUUUUUCCAUGGGACCUUUUAAUUUUCGAUUUUUGCUGAUUUUCCCUUUUUUCCAACGUUUGAUUUGACCCUUUUCACAUGAUUUUUCGAUCAUUUGAAAUCCUAAUUUGUUUAAAAUGAACUAAACCAUGUCUUUUCUGAGAUUACACUUGAAAACCGUUUAGAAAAAUGUGAACUCGGUUGAAAACGGCGUUUUUUCCAAGGGACCGAUUAACUUACCAUUUUUUUGCUGAUUUUUUUCCUUUUUUUCCAGCGUUUAAUUUGACCCUUUUCACAUGAUUUUUUGAUAAAUUUCUCUCCUUAUUUGUUUAAAAUGAACUAAAGCAUGUCCUUUUGGAGAUUAACCCUGAAAACCUUAUGAAAACAUUUAAUUUUGAUCAAAAACGGCUUUUUUUGCCAAGAGACCGAUUAACUUUCGAUUUUUGAUGACUUUUCUUUUUUCCAGUGUUUAAUUUGACCUUUUCACACAUGAUGUUUUUGAUCAAUUGAAAUCUCAACUUGUUUUAAAAAAACUAAACCAUGUCUUUCCUAAGAUUAAAUGUAAAAACCAUUUAGAAAUCUUUGAAUUCGGUCGAAAACUUUUUUUUUUUCAAGGGACCUUCGAUUUUCGAUGGUUUUCCUUCAGAGUUGUAUAUUCAAGGCUUCAUUUUUCCAUCUGAAACCUGUCCGAAAAAUUUUAAAACUGUUAAAUUCAUUCUCAACAAAAGAAAACCUUUCAAAAAAGAACUUGAUUUUUUUUUUCUGUGAAGUCUUAACAGGGGAGCUCAUUUUACUUUGCGGUUGGGAAUUUCCUGAAACCUGGUCAGAACACUUCUCCAUGUACCAAACGGAAAUCCUGGAAGCCGCAACUUGCAAAACUUCCUAAGAAACUUCAAAGUCAGAGUAAUAUAUGAAAAAAUAGGCUAUUUUGAGGCUUUAAGCCCAUAUUUCUCGAAAAUUAGGAAGUUGAGACUUCAUGAAUCUUUGUCUGGUACAUCAAGGAGUAUCCCGGCCAAUUUUCAGGAAAAUCCCCAGCCGCAAAGUAAAAUGACCUCACUUGUAAGUGGGUCUUUGUAACAGGGAGUGUAUGCUUUAAAAGUUGGUAUUUAUAACAAAAAAAAAACCUUUAUAUUAGCCUUUAAUGGUCAUAACCAUAAUGCCGAGAUUGGGAUCUUACCCAGGUAUCCCACGACCCAAAAACACCGUAAAUGCCAAAAAAAGGGGGAGAGCCUAUUCGGCGGCCCCUCGUAAAACCACUUGGAUAAAAAUCUAAUCGAAGGCGUCGAUCAGCUCUUUUUUCCAACAAUCUUUCGGUUUUGUGACCUUGGAUACCUACCUUUUUGGUAGGAUUAUCUGACUUUAUGGUUUAAAAAAGGUUCCUUUUUUGCUGAUUUUUUUGAAAUCUUGACUUGAAAGGGUUAUGAAAGAUGGGAAAUCGAUUGGAAAUUGGUUUAAAAGUACAGAUUACCAGGAGAAGAAGAAAAAUCAAGGGAAAUAUCUUGGAUUUGAGUUUUUAAAAUAUCUAAAUUGAUUUUUUUAAGCUUUCAAGUUCAGGGGGAUAAUUGAGUCGAGGUUUAUAGAAUCCUAAACUUUCAAGGCUUUUUUUCGAAUUUUGUCAGCUUGGAAUAGGUUUUCUUCCAUAUCUUUUUCAAGCCUAAAAUCCCAAUUUUCAGUAAAGGCAUCUGAAAUUGUUAGAUUGGAACUAUACCCCCCUAGAAAUCAAUAAAAAUGUUCAAUUUCAAUUUUUCCAGCGUCGGAGUUGAAGACGCCAAGGACAUCAUUGCGGACCUCGACCGGGCAUUGGCUCAAAUUUAA